AUCAACACCGCGAUAUUUGAAGUUUUGUUUGCAGGGAAGAAAGAUGGCCGACUUACGUACAGACCCGACAGAGGAGGAAGCAGUGGAACAGAUUAUACUUGUAGGAGAAGAUACAAAACAUUUAAAAGAUGUUGCUAAGAAAAUCCGAGGUGUUUCCAAUGUGGUUACAUCACAAACUGGACUGGAGCUGGUCAAAUGGGCCUGCGAAUGUGAAACCUCGUUUGUUGUUGCCCAAUUUGAGGGGGAGACUUUCAUGAAACUACGCAGAGCACAAGUGCGCAUCAUUGGCCCAACCGUCCUGCACCAUUGUGCCCAAGACGACCUGCUUUUGCCAGUCAAUACACGUCCACUUUAUAAUCUUUCGAUGAAAGAUCAAGUGAUAUGCUUUACAGGCUUCAAAAACAAAGAAAAACUUAUUUGGUUGGUGGAUCAUGUGCAUUACAUGGGAGGCAGUGUGCGCAAAGAUGAAAGCAUUCGCAUCACUCACAUGGUGGCUAACAUUACACAUGGUGCUAAAUACAGAUUUGCUGUCAACAUGGGCAAGCCGAUCAUGAGUGAAGACUGGAUCAGUCGUCUGUGGUCGGACAAAGAAGAUGUCAAAUCAAGUGCGCUGAAUCCUCAGCUGAAUGUAUACCGAAUGAAGCCUUUCUAUGAAUGCUGCCUCAGUUUUCUCGGCUUCUCUGCGGAAGAACAGAAACAUAUGGAAGAGCUUACCAUUGAGAACGGUGGCAGCUUUGCUGAUCUAGGCUCCAAGGAUGUAACCCAUUUAGUUAUCGACAACCAGAAUGUGAAGGACGUUCCUUCGGAUAUACAUUUACCACCUUUCAUUGUCAGAGGAGAGUGGUUUUGGGGCUGCAUACAGAUGGCUGCUUGUGCUGAUGAACAAAUCUACACAUUUGAAAAGUUAUCUACGCCGGCUAGACACCCGAGAAGCAGUCAUGCACUGGCUAAAUCUCGGAAACGGAAGCGUCUCCAGGAACUGGCAGCAGAGACAGAAGGCUCUCCUUUCAUGAACUACAAGCGGCGCUCGUCGUCGGCUGACGUGAGCGCCACCUCCAUGAGCCCAGACUCCUUCUUAGACUUGACCUACACGCCUGACAAGACAGACCCACAUCUCUCUGAGCUGAAAAUUGACAAAGAAGAAAAUGUGCCAACUACCACUGGAAAGAUCAGCAAGAGACAGAUGGUUGUGAUGGAACUGUUGCAGACGGAGCAGAACUACGUUGGGAUUCUUCAUACCAUCCUUCAUACAUUCAAAGCAGAGAUAGAAAAACCUGACCAGUACAACGGAGCUAUACUGGCACCCCAAGACACCAAGAUCAUCUUUGGCAAUAUUCCCCCAAUAUACGAUGUUCACUGCAAAUUGCGUGACUCGUUGACGCAGCUGAUAGAGAACUGGUCUGAGGAAUCCAGUGUUGGAGACUGCAUCUUAAAUAGGGCGGAAGAGCUUACAAAGGCUUACCCUCCCUUUGUUAACUUCUUUGAAAGUACAAAAGAAACAAUAAUCAAGUGUGACGGCUCCAACCCAAGAUUUCAUGCUUUUCUCAAGCUGUGUUUGAGUAAACCAGAGUGUGGGCGUCAGUCGUUGCAGGAGCUGCUCAUCCGACCCGUGCAGAGACUGCCAAGUGUUGUUUUACUGCUACAAGAUUUGCUGAAAAGAACUGACAGCAAUAAUCCUGAUAAGAUGAAAUUGGAAAAGGCCAUUGAGAAAGUAAAAGCAAUAAUGACACAUAUAAAUGAAGACAAAAGGAAAACAGAAAGUCAGGUUGUGAUGUUUGAUAUUGUGAACGACAUAGAUCACUGCCCAGCAACCCUUCUGUCCUCCAACCGUCAUUUUGUCAUGAAAGUGGAUGUGAUGGAGCUGUCGGGGAAUUUGUCCUCUCGUGGAGAUCCCCUCACUUUGUUCAUUUUUUCAGAUAAUGUUGAGAUUUGUAAAAGAAGAAUGAAAGUGUUAGGAUCCUCAAAUUCUCGGAGUCCGGCCGUCCCACACAAGACCCCACAGAAAGCGUACAAGCAUCUGGACAUCAUAGCCAUGACGUCGAUCAAGAGAGUCAUUGAUGUGGCUGAAGCAGAGGAUUGUGGCCAGGCCUUCGCCCUCAUAGUGCGGGACAGUGCCGUGACCAAAGAGAAACUCUACAGCUUCACAAUGGACGCAGAUGUCUCCAAGUCAGAAGUCUUGAACAGCAUCUGCAAGAACCUAGCCAUUGUCCUGUGUCGGCCAGAUAUUGAAACAUUCUUAGCAACGGUAAAUGGUGAAGAACUCGGCAUCACUACUAAAGAUCUGCACAAAGGACACAAGGCUCUCAAAUUUAGUCGCCGUGUGAGCCGAGCGUUUUCUUUCAACAAGACUCCCAGCAAACUGAAGAGAGCUGUCUCUGGAAUGGUGCAUGGCCUGAGCCCGUUUGUGAAAGACUCCAGACAUCUUCAGUUCGGUCAAGUCAGAAAACUUGCCAGCACGUUUGAUUUAACUGAGGUGGAUGAUGCUGAUGACAGUGAUACCAUUAGUUUAGGCGCUUACUCCUUACAGGACGGAGGCUCCCCCAGCUCCUCCACCCUGGGCUCCCCCCAGCGACUGGCCCUGCCCCCAGUGUUCGCCACGCCGUCUGCCCCCAAGCCCAGCAAGCUGUCCCUCAAGUGGGCCACCAUCGGCCCCAGCUCCGCCAGCAAGUCCAAGUAUUUGUGAUAACUCGGGAGCGCACCGCUUCUCAUGAGGUGUC